AGAGUCACAAUGACUCUCCAGUGGACGGCUGUGGCUUUCUUCCUAUACGCAGAGAUAGCAGUCAAUCUCAUCCUGUGUAUACCCUUCAUAUCAGCAAAGAGAUGGCGUUUGGUUUUCAGCUUGAAAAUAUGGAACUGGUUAUCUCCAUAUUGGAACAAAUGCUUCUUCACCAUGAUCAUGGUGCUUAUUGUUCUUUUCCUUGAUGCUGUCCGUGAGGUGCAGAAGUACUCGGGUCCCGAGCCCAUGCAAGAUGCCAAGGUGAACCCAAACGUGUACGACCACGUGCACAUGAAGCUGUUCAGAGCCCAGAGGAACCUCUACAUAUCUGGCUUCUCUCUCUUCCUCUGGCUCAUCAUGCGUCGAGUUGUCACCUUGCUAAACCAGAUUGCUGUCACCAUGGAGAACAGUGCAGGUCUUCAGGCGCAGAUGGACAGUGCUGUCAAAGCAGCCAAGCAGCACGAGGAUGACAACCUGAUGCUGAAACAAGCUCUCCUGGACGAGGAAAAAUCCAUGUCAGCGAAAAACCAGCAACUGAGGUUGGAGGUAGAGAAGCUGGCAAAUCAAGUGAAGGCUGCUGAGGAGGCUGUGCACAAGUCUCAUGCUGAAGUGGAGGCCAUGAGGAGGCAGGCCAAAGGUCUGGCACAAGAGUAUGACAGACUAUUGACAGAACACCAUCAACUCCAGAAUCUCCAGAGUCCUGCAGACAAAAAGGAUCAGUAACCACAGGAGUGCAGUGGCAAUUGUUUUCAGGUGUUGUUUGUUCCAUUUGUUUCAUGGAUGCAGUUUCUUCUCAUUACACUGGAAGCAUGUACUAUAUGCAGUAGACCAGCAGAGGCCAUGUUUCUAUUAUC